AUGGAAGGACCAUCGAUGCCAUCUCAAGCUAUCCCAGUUUCAGAAGAUGCUUAUUGCAACAGCACACCUGUUCCACUGGAUGCUGCUGGCAGCAGCUCACCGGCUGUCACCAAACUCCGGAAGCUGCUGUUCCGGAGGAUGCUGAUCGGCGUGAAUGAUGGCCGCUACUUCCUUGGGCUGUUCCACUGCAUCGACAAGCAAGGGAACAUAAUCCUCCAGGAUGCAGUGGAGUACCGCAGUGCCCGCCAUUCUUCACCUCCUACAGAGCAGCGCUGCCUGGGAAUCAUCCUGAUCCCGGCCACUUGCCGCUCGUCUUGCCAGGUUGAUUGUUCGAUUGAAGAGAAGAUGUCACUCUUGUGUUUGGAGUGA